AUGGUAUUUCAAUCGCAAGUUCCAAGAAACCAACUCCCCAAACUCAACUUUCUACGGUUGUACGAAUUAGAUGAUGCUCAAGCUACUUCUCCAUAUUGGUUUCUCCAAAAUAUAUCUUCUCUUGAGUGGCUAUUCAUUCAAGACUAUUCUUUCAAGGUGAUAUUCCCAGAAGAAAGGCCUCGAGAUGAGAAUGGAGAAAUUGAGAUUAAAACACAAAUCAAGAAGUUGACACUGUAUAAAUUGAAUGAACUCCAGCAUAUAUGCAGAGAAGGAUGCCAAUUGGACCCGGUUCUUGACGUUCUAGAAUACCUAGAUGUGGAUAAAUGUUCCAAUUUGAAGCACUUGGUGCCAUCCUCGGUAACUUUGAAUCACUUGACUCAUUUAGAGGUGCAAAAUUGCAGUGGCUUGAUGUAUUUAAUUACCUCUGCAACAGCAAGAAGUCUGGUCAAGUUAACAACAUUAAAGAUAAUUGAGUGUGAUUCAGUUGAGCUAAUCGUGGCAGAAGAGGAAGGGGAGAGUAGAAAUGAAAUUGCCUUCAACAGCCUAGAAGUUUUGGAACUUGACAGUUUGUCUAAACUCCAGAUGUUCUGCUCUAGUAACUACUCCAUGAAGCUUCCACUGUUGGAGAAACUUGUAAUACGACGAUGUCCAAGAAUGACUAGCUUUUCUGGAAGGGAGACAAGUGCACCAAUGCUUCGAAAGAUACUGACAGAUGAACAAGAAGGAAUAUGGUGUUGGGAAGGUGAUCUUACUAGAACAGUCAGCAAGAUGUUCCAAGAUAUGAGUGCGAGCACAAGCGGAGCAUUGAGCUACGAGGAAGAUGGAGCAGAAUCAAAGGCUAACGAGAUUGAUAAUUCAGGGAAGCAAGAAAUACGCAAACACACUAUUCCACAUACAGGAAGCUCAAACUAUGCCAAACCAUCCUCACCCGCAAGGACGUUUGCUUCUGCCUCAAAAGAAGUAGAUUUCAAUCGGCCCCUUCAUUCCCAAAUAGCAGCCAUUGAAGAAAAUAGAGAUGGGGGAAAGGUUUAG